GAAAUACAUUCGCACUUUUUAGUGAAAUAGGCGCCUGCUCAUUGUAGCAACAACCAACCUUUUAUAUGUAAAUCUGUACUGUUUUUCUUUGUAACAAAAACGUCUGAAUUUUGUAAAUGGAUACCGCAGACUCAAGACACCAGAGCGGCGAAAACUCAUCCUUUGCAUCAAGCCAACCAGAAAGUGUGGAUCAAAUCCCACAAAACCAUUUAAAUGAGUCACCAUAUGUUUUAAACAACGAGGCUUUAAGUUUGGAAAGUUCGUUAACCACAGGAGACUUGAAUUCUGUGAAGGCACAAUGUGAGUACUCGCACAAAAUCCUACAACGUCAACUGCAAGAAAUGAAAAAUGCCGUAGAAUUGGAAAUGAGAAAAAGGGAAUCUGACAGAGAUGGUAAUGUAUUGAGGGCGAAUAUAACGAAACUGGAACAGAGGUUAACAGCACUGCAGAGAAUGACAGCUCAACAAACGGAUCGAAGUCUUGCAUUGAAGAAAGAGGUCGGCGACAAUGAUGCUGCCAACAAGAGAGCAAACACUGACUUGACUCAGAAAGUUGAGGAAAUUGCUCGAGAAAUAGCGCAAAUCAAAGAAAAACAAAAUGAACUUGAAAGGAAAAUUGAAUCCACAAGUAGCAGCAGAGAGCAAAUGGCACCAGAAAAUUUGUCACAAAUGGUGGACGCUUUUGAACGUCAGCUUGGUAUGUAUGAUGUCAGAAUCGCGGAUAUGGAUCAGCGAUUUCAGGUUCUUGAAACUACAAGUUACUCAGGCGUCGUCAUUUGGAAAAUCCGGGAUUUUUCUCGUCGCAAGAGGGAGGCAGUGAGCGGACGGACGUUGUCUCUCUACAGUCAACCAUUUUACACGAGUCGUUACGGAUACAAGAUGUGCGCUCGUGUUUAUCUCAAUGGAGAUGGAAUGGGCAAAGGAACACACAUGUCGCUUUUUUUUGUGGUCAUGAAAGGAGAAUACGAUGCACUACUACCAUGGCCGUUCAGACAGAAGGUAACACUGAUGCUACUGGACCAAGGAAUGGACCGACGUCAUUUGUCCGACACAUUCAGACCGGACCCUACGUCAUCAUCGUUCAAGAAACCAACUUCCGAUAUGAACAUCGCUUCUGGGUGUCCAUUGUUCGUAGCACACAACGUCAUAGAGGGGAGUUCUUACGUCAAGGAAGACACAAUCUUCUUGCGUAUUCACGUGGAUACGUCGGACCUCGAAAAUUUUUAGCAGAGCUGUUACAUGUGGUGUCCAACUUGGAUGCCAUCCAGUGGUUUUGUGGUUCUGUGACAACUAUAGUGCUGCCUUAUGUGGAUGUGGAGGCGAUGCGUGUUGUGCAAAUCAGUGUAGGCAAGAGACUUAGUUCAGUGCCGCAUAGUAAUAGAAAUUGGGUAGAGCAUAUUACGUUAACUAAUUGUGAAAGUAGGUUACAAAACAGUGAAACAAUAUUUCAACUUUUCCGUUACUGGAUUUUAAAAGUGGAAUAUUUGUUUGUCACACAAACUAUAAACUUAAACAAUGUUGGUUUAAAAUCCAUGGUUCUUUGGCUUUCAAUGUGUUGUGUCAGUGGUGUUAUUGUAUAUAUACAACAUUGUACAUAUAUUGUAUAUAUAUAACAUUGUACAUAUAUUGUUAUUGUGUCUGUUUUUCUUAUCUAAUAGAAAACAGCCUCUAACAAAAACUAAAGCUCCUGGGUGUUCAUACCGAUAUUGUUUCGUUUGUGCAACAACUGUAUUUCAAAUUUAGUUUCACUGUUAGUUAACUCUUAAAUGUAAAAUAACAUUGGAAAUAUUGUUUCACUGAGAUAAUGAUGGUAGCAAGCUGUUUAAUUUAACUAUGCUUGUAAUUCAUUAGCUACAUUUCUUGCUUCCACUUUACAUCAAACUCCACAUACCACAUCAGAACAGUUGCAACAGAAUCACAAAUUUUACUGGAUUAGAUCCAAGAAUAAACACCCAUGGACAGCACCACUGAAGAGAUUAACACCAAAUUGGUUUUCAUUCUUUGAUCAACACAAACUUUUGAUUAACCAACAAUACAUGGAUGAAGAAACAUAAAACUUCUGUUUUGUAAAUUGUGUAAUUAUAAAUAAAGAAACAAUUAUAUGUUAA